ACUGUGGUGACGUUCACAAUGUCAGUAUAGACCAUUCCGCCAAAAGACACCAGAUUAAUGGUACCACAUACAAAUCAACUGCUACCGUAGAUUGUGAUGAAGGCUAUUACAUCAAAAAUGAAACACCAAUACUUGGAAUAUCAACAAGAACACUGACAUGUGCUGAAACUGGGAGUUGGAUAAAUAUGCCUACUUGCAUUCCGAAAGACUGUGGUACGUUAGAAAACAUUACUAUACCUAACGCAGUUAAACGAUUAGAUAUAAAUGGCACUACAUUUACAUCAAUCGCCAAUGUUAGCUGUGAUGCAGGCUUUAAGGAUGAAAACAAAAAAAGUCAGACAUCGGGAAUUACAAGUACGUUUAUCAGAUGUAGUGAAAAUGGAACAUGGUCCAAGUUACCAAAUUGUGUUAGAAAAGAUUGCGGAAAUAUAUCUAACCUUAAUGUGAGUCAUGCCCAGUUACUACACCAGAACAAUGGUACAAAGUAUGAGUCAACGGGCGAGAUAGUGUGUGAUGAAGGAUACUACAACCAGGAAGUCGGUCAAACGACUGGAACCUCAACAACAAACAUUACAUGUACUCAUACAGGGAAAUGGCAGAAUGUGUCCGAAUGUAUACCAAAAG